CCGGUCUCUCCGAUGGAGAAGCUGUUCGACUGUCCUUUCUGUGGUCAGGAGAAGACAUGUUUGGUGGACACGGAUAUCGCCACAAGUAAUGCUCGGAUCAGAUGUCAGAAGUGCGAUGAGUUCUAUACCACGAAAAUCACUCAUUUGUCUCAACCCAUAGACAUCUACUGCCAGUGGGUCGACGCCUGCGAGGAGGCCAAUAAUUGA